AUGCUCUUCACACAGCACUCUGGUGAAUUACGUUCAUCACUCCCGAUUAAGGAUGAUUUGGUCACCAUAUCUCAUGAUGUCUUCAAGAAUGAAAUAAGUAAACACACUCUAAUCACCAGUCACAAUAACGUUUCCUCGCCGCGAAGUGAACGAGUUACGAAAGAGCUAGCAAAUGAAACUACCAGUACCACGAUUAAUAAAGCUACAAACCCGGCAAAAGUGGUAACAAUGAAAGCACAGGAGGUAUACAGGAGCACACAUGUUGAUUUAUAUCCCUACCGAAAGUAUGAUCCAUUGGCAAUGGAGUGGAUUAACACUGUAGAAGAAAUGGAAUGGAUUCACAGAAACAGUUAUAAUGAAGAUAAAAAGGACUAUAAAAAACCAUUUGACCAUGGAACCGGUGAGAUGUGGUCCACAUCUGUUAUCAAAACCAGAGUAAUUGUGAAAACUGACAGAAAUGAUAUUCGUAAAGGCUCAUAUAUUUGCGUUGAAAUCGAAACUUUUGAUGAUAAUGGCCGUAAAAGAAAGAGAGGAGGCGACUUCUUCACUGCUAACAUGGCUAAUGUUGCACUGCAGAAGAGUACAGCUGGUCGCGUUGUUGACCAUGGCAAUGGAACUUACUCAGUAUUUUUCUACGCGGCCUGGUCUGGCGAAGCACAAAUUGACAUUGCACUCUCAUUUCCACGAGAGAUUAUAAUUCACACAAAAAAUACAAUGAGACGCGAAGAACUUCAAGGGUUUGCAGCAAAUUACUCUGAUGGAAAAUGGAAUGCAGAAACUCGCUGCUCCCUUAUCAAUGAAGGCGUGUGGUCAGACAGAUGUGAAUACAUCAAUCCAAACGCAUUAGGUAAAACAGUCUUUGCAUGUGUCAAACUACCGUAUUUUAGCUGCGACCAGCUUAUUAACGUGUGGUCAAAGGGUGCUGGUCUGAACCGUCUUCCUUUAGAUGAAAAACAAAAAGUCCAGUAUAUUUAUGAUGGGAGAUACAGUCCGAAUACUUUAAAAGAGACGCCAAUAAAGUUGAAAAUCUUGGAAGCUGAAGUAUCUCCUCCAAAAUUACCUCCAUGUGGACCUGAUGUACCUAUACCAUUAUCAAGUGGCUACUGGGAAAACUCUUCCGUAUUUGUGCCUCUAGUGUGUCAAAGUCAACAAUGGAGACAGCAAGAUAUCGACAAUUGCAUAGCUGACAAGGAAUUCUUUAGUGUUGGCGACUCUACACUUGGGCCACUGGUUAAAUGGUUUCUCAAAUCACCUGAGUUAAGAGAGUCUAACAUUUAUUUUAUGACACCGAGGCUUGCAGGUCCAAGGGUUAAGAUCUUUGAAACUAUUUUUGAAGCUGAUUUGAUUGACAAAAUCAGUAAGCGAAACUGCCAAUCAAAGACACAUGUCGUAUUCUUAAAUUUUUGUUUUCACUUUGCUGGAUGGUCUACACGAGCUUAUGUAGAACGACUUGUUCGCGUAAAUUUGGCAAUUCUUCGACUUUUGCAACGAUGUCCAAAUUCGAAAAUUAUGAUAAAACUUGCACAUUCACGUGAAAAUCUGUACAAGGAGCAGCGUAACAACCUCAAUUGGAUAUACUAUGACAUGAAUCGAAUUGCCAGGCGCGUGUUCGGAGGAACCGGUGUUCUGUUUCUUGACCUUUGGGAUAUGAUUAAUUCUUCUUUUCAGGAAAACACAAUUCAUAUGCACGGUGCGGUGGCACAACAAGAAUUUUAUCUCGCCAUAUCCUAUAUCUGCCCAGAAUAUGUCAAGUUACAGUAG